CAGCAGGACUGACAGCUCAAAGCUGUCCACGUCAACACUGAACACAGCGAUGGACUCCGGGGCUCUGGAACCUUCUCUGUACACAGUGAAAGCAGUCUUCAUCUUGGAUAACGAUGGAAACAGACUGCUUUCAAAGUACUAUGACCCGGACUUAUACCCCUCUAUGAAGGAACAGAAGAAUUUUGAGAAGAAUGUCUUCAACAAAACGCAUAAAGCAGAUAAUGAAAUAGCCUUCCUGGAGGGCAUGACCAUAGUCUACAAGAGCAGCAUAGACUUGUUCUUCUAUGUGGUGGGCAGCGCACAGGAGAAUGAGCUCAUGUUGAUGGCAGUGCUGAAUUGCUUAUUUGAAUCACUCAGUCAGAUCUUGAGGAAAAAUGUUGAGAGACGAUGUCUGCUAGAUAAUCUGGAUGGAGUCUUUCUGGUGGUGGAUGAGAUCAUUGAUGGAGGGGUGAUCCUGGAGAGCGACCCUCAGCAGGUAGUGGAGAAGGUCAACUACAGGGCUGAUGACAACCCAUUAUCAGAGCAGAGCGUGGCUCAGCAUAUCACUGAGAAACUGGCUCUCACCUCUAAUGUGUUACAGUCUGCAAAAGAACAGAUCAAGUGGUCAAUACUGAAGUAAUCUCCUUUGCCAAGAGAGCAGACCUGUUAAUGAUCUAAAGGGAAUGAGAAGCAUUGUAGCUAUGCAGCUUUGAUUUUAUGAAACUCUCUAGGCUAAUGAAUUGUGAAAGUAGCUGUUUUUGUAUUAAGCCAUUCAGACUUGAAUGCUUUGUUAAACAGAUUAUGCUGUUAUGAAACUAUAAAAAAGGCCCAAUAACUACACAUUUUAAUUUGAAGGGCAAUUAUUUAAGAAAUCCUGCCUUGCCCCCGAAGACUGCUGGGAUAGGCUCCAGCACCCCCCGCAACUGUUUCGGAGAAGCGGCUUGGAAAAUGGAUGGAUGGAUGAAUUAUUUAAGACGUUUUCUUGGAUUUUGAAUUGUGGUCAGUAAGAGCUGAUCUUGUUUGCACUGAAUAUUUCCAACAUGCCUGCAUAGAUCUCUCACAAGCCAGUGAGGUUAAGUGAGCUGUAAAAAGUACUCAAAUCUGUAUGGCUUUUGUGGCAAACUCUGUGUAAGUAUUUAUUAUUUUAAGCGUCAUUGCAACUAGGGCCACUUUUUCUUAUUGUAAGUCAACUCAUUUGGUGUGUUCUUUGCAAUUUAGGGGUGCAAAUGUUUUAAUGCACAACAAAUGUCACUUUUUGGUCUGUUUGUCCUGAGUGUGAACUAUUUAAAAUGUAGAUGCAGUUAAACAAGUGGCAGUAUGCUACAUUAUGUUACAUUAUGUUAUGCAAAUGCUAAUGUUUCAACUAAAAUAAAAACAUGCUCAGAAACCAAA